AUGCCACACCUCCCCCACAACAACUACCGCCGCAUCUCUCACAAUCCCUACAACACCUACCUCAACGAUGAAAACUGGGCGACCGGCGACGGCGCCCCCAGCACCACCCUCACCGGCGCCAUGCAUCUCGAGCACCCGAGUGACGACCUGGAGCCGCUCAUGCCGCCCUCACGCACAGCAGCAGCGGCGUCGAACCCGAAAGAAGCGACAACAAAAAAGACACCGAAGAAGCCAAGAUGUCUCGAUCUGAUCAAAGCGCUGCGCUACUCAUUCCGUUGUCCCUGGCGCCGCAAGAAAUCCCGCCUGCCCUACGACGAGCGCGACCCAACCCGCCUCGCCGUCGCCGGAACCCACGACGGCGCCUCGGCCGAGACGGUCGAGUGCAGCGCCACCCUCGAGCAGAUGCUGCAGCUGCAUCGCACGUAUUCGGGUCCGGAUCUGCCGCUCCCGCCUCCUAGCCCUUCCUUUGCUCCGCCUAAGCUUUCCCCGCCGCCAGAGUCUCUGCCGCUGCAUGCCGCCGUCUUCCCGCAUCCGGGAACUCGCGUCCUACCCCGUUCUCUGUUCCAGCUUUCGCGGACUGUUGGCUGCACGCGCGGCGCGUUGACCCAGCUCCAGCGCGUCGAGCGGCGAGAAGCGACGCCGGACGCGGUCGGAGGGGGUGGGGCGUGGCGUCGGCAGGGUCGCGAGGAAGGGACGACUGAGUUGGAAGGAGAGGAAGGAGAGGAAGGAGAGGAAGGAGAGGAGCGCUGGGAGCGCCGGGGGGCGAGGGCCGUGAAUGAGGUGCCGGGCUUUGAUCAACCGCCGCCUAAUUGGUGGAUUGAGAGGAAUGUUUGGUGA